AUGACUGACCAUUUGGGGGCUCUUUACUUGGGAUUCGAUCUUUCUACUCAGCAGCUAAAAUGCUUGGUCAUUGACCAAAACUUGAGAUUAGUUCAUUCAGAAACGGUCGUUUUUGAGAAGGAUUUGGCCCAGUACAAGACGGAAAAAGGAGUCUACUUCCAUGAAGACGGUACAGCCGAAUGUCCGGUAGCAAUGUGGCUCGAAGCAAUCGAUAUAGUAUUCGAGAAAAUGAGCCAGCAGACUAAUAUCGACUUGUCAAUGGUGAAGGGGAUGAGCGGAUCGUGCCAACAGCAUGGAUCCGUGUAUUGGUCGAAAGAGGGCCCCGAGCUGCUUCCUCAGCUUACCGAGGAUGCCAGUUUAAAGGAUCAACUUGCAGCUCGUGCGUUUUCUAGAAACGUGUGUCCAAAUUGGCAGGACCACAGCACCGGAAGUGAGUGCCAACAAUUCGAAGAAGCAUGCGGUGGAGCUGCGGAAUUGGCGCAUGUCUCCGGUUCUAGGGCCCAUCAUCGCUUCACGGGACCUCAAAUCCUGAAGAUUGCGAAAAAAGAACCUGAAACGUAUGCCAAUACGCACAAAAUAUCACUGGUAUCAUCGUUUCUGGCUUCUGUUUUGGCCGGCCAAUUCACUACUUUGGAAGAAGCGGACGCUUGUGGUAUGAAUUUGUAUGAUAUUGAAAAACGCGCUUACGACGACACCCUGCUCAAGUUGAUCGACGAAGACACGCAGAGGCUUAAAGAAAAGCUUGGGGGUACUCCUAUACCAUCUGAGAAACCGGCCCCCGUAGGCAUCAUCUCAUCGUACUUUGUCAAAAAGUACGGUUUAAAUCCCGAAUGCCAAAUUUACCCUUUCACCGGAGACAACCUAGCCACCAUAUGCUCUUUACCCUUACAACCUAAUGAUGUUCUAGUGUCUUUGGGUACCAGCACAACGAUUCUGCUCGUUACAGAUCAAUAUCAUCCGUCCCCCAACUAUCACUUGUUUCUUCAUCCAACGAUCCCCAAACAUUACAUGGGCAUGAUUUGCUACUGUAAUGGUGCACUUGCGAGGGAGAAGAUCAGAGAUGAACUGAGCGAAACGCACGACUGGGAGCCUUUCAACACUGCUGUCACUUCACAGUCUCUCAAUAAUGAUAACGAAAUUGCAUGCUACUUCCCCCUAGGAGAAAUUGUGCCAAACGUUCCUAGCUCCUACCGUCGAGCAAUCUUUGGCAAAUCCUCCGACGGGAAAGGUGUUGAGCUAAACUUGGUCGAAUCAUUUGAAAACGUGGCCCACGAUGCCAAAAACAUUGUUGAAUCCCAGGCGUUGAGCUGUCGCGUCAGAAUCAGUCCGCUUUUGUCGGAGGAUUGCGCAGACACGAACUGCAGAAUGGGAUCUUCUCUAGUGCAUUUCGACUGUGACAACUUUCCACUUACAGAGUACACAAAACGUCCCAGGAGAGCAUUCUUUGUUGGAGGUGCCUCCAAAAAUGAUGCGAUUGUUACACGGUUUGCGCAGGUCUUGGGAGCCACAGAGGGAAAUUUCCGCUUGGAAACGCCCAACUCUUGCGCGUUAGGUGGAUGCUAUAGGGCCCUAUGGUCACAUCUGUCGUAUGAAAAGCUGACGUCGUUGACCUUCGACCAGUUCCUAAACAAAAAUUUCAGAUGGGACACAGAUGUCAAUUCCGUAGGCUCGACAAAAGAAAAUGACUGGCUGUAUUACAAUGGUAAGAUUCAUGCACUAAGCGAGUUGGAGAAGACCCUGUGA